UUUUGCAGCCAUUCCUCUUCUUCACACGCUCCCCGAAGCUUUUCAACCCCGCCGUCACGCUUCACAGACAAACCUCCCUCCCUCUCUCUCUCUUGUCCGUGGCUGUCUCCGGCCGGCAACCGUGAAUCCUAGCUGCUCGAGGCCAAAACCACCUACACCUCCCCGCCGAACUCCCAUGCAUAGCUGUCUAGCAGUCUAGCAGUUUAGCUCCGGUCUCCGGGCUCCGGCCAUGCCGCACCGUCGCCGCCUACACAACCUCGUGCCACCACUGCCGCCGCCUCCCGCGGCGCCUCACCCCGCCUUCGACCUGUCCGAGGCCGAGUCGCGGCUGCCGCUCCUCGCAGACUACGGGCGGCUCAAGCCCGUCGACGACCUCCCCGCCCCCGCCGCGCCCCCGUCCGCGCACUGGAGCGCCGGGAGCGCCUUCACCGGCACCGAGCCCGCGACCGCCUCCACCUCCACGGCAGCGACGGGCUCAUCCCUCGCACCGGCGUCGUCCGUCGCCAGGGACGACACGUGGGUGCGCCGCUCCAGGGAGAGCUACUACCUGCAGCUCUCCCUCGCCAUCCGCAUCACCUCCGAGGCCUUCCUCGCCGGCGUCCCGCCCGAGCUCCUCGUCCGCCGCCUCGGCCCCGGCGAUGCGGCGGCGGAGCAGCACGCCGACGUCCCCGCCGAUGCCGCCGCCGUCUCCUACCGGCUCUGGGUGAACGGGUGCCUGUCGUGGGGUGACAAGAUCGCGCACGGGUUCUACAACAUCAUGGGCAUCGACCCGCACCUGUGGGCGAUGUGCAACGCCGACGAGGGGGAGGGCCGCCGGCUGCCGACGCUGGCGGCGCUGCGGGAGGUGGACGCCAGCGACCAGUCGUCGCUGGAGGUGGUGCUCGUCGACAAGUGCGGCGACUCCGUGCUGGUCGACCUGGAGCGGCGCGCGCUCGACCUCUACCGCGCGCUCGGCGCCACGCUCGACCUCGUCCGCCGCCUCGCCCUGCUCGUCUCCGACCACAUGGGGGGUGCAUUGAGGUCGGAGGACGGAGACCUGUACAUGCGGUGGAAGGCGGGCAGCAAGCGGCUGAGGAAGCAGCAGAAGAGCGUCGUCGUCCCCAUCGGCCGCCUGUCCAUUGGGUUCUGCAGGCAUCGCGCCAUUCUAUUCAAGGCUCUAGCAGAUUUUAUCGGCCUGCCAUGCCGAAUCGCGCAAGGUUGCAAGUACUGCUCCGCGCCUCACCGGUCCUCUUGCCUUGUCAAAAUUGAAAACGACAGAAGAUAUUCAAGGGAGUACGUCGUGGACCUCGUCGUUGCGCCAGGGAGCAUCUGCAGCCCAGACUCGUCCAUCAACGGGCAGCUGCUCUCCUCUGUGUCUUCACCUUUCAAGACUUCUUGCACGGCAAGUUUGGAAAACUACGCGGCACCGGUUGCGGCUUGGAAUCGUGCGAUAGCUGACGAUCGUUGCAACUCGGUGUUCUCAGAUUCUCAAUAUUCAGUUGCCGGGGACAAGAACCCUGUUCAAGCAGACACAAAAUGCGGUCAGGUCAUGCAGAAUGACAACUGCAACAACAUGUCAGUGUUUCAAGUGUCAAGGCAAUUUAAGGCGAUGGAGGUCGGCACCGAGGGUGUCAAUAAGGAGAACAUCCCUGGUCUUACACUGCCGAAACACCUGCUCGCUGAGUCAUCUUUCGCCAUGGAUUGGCUUGAGAUAUCAUGGGAUGAGCUUGAGCUCAAGGAACGCAUAGGCGCUGGUUCAUUUGGUACUGUUUAUCGAGCUGACUGGCACGGUUCUGAUGUUGCAGUAAAAGUGCUUACAGACCAGGGUGUUGGCGAAGCUCAGCUCAAAGAAUUCCUUAGAGAGAUCUCUAUCAUGAAACGAGUUCGCCAUCCAAACGUGGUACUAUUCAUGGGUGCAGUGACCAAAUGCCCGCAUUUGUCGAUAGUAACUGAGUACUUGCCCAGAGGGAGCCUCUUCCGUCUCAUCAGCAAAGCUUCUAGUGGGGAAAUACUUGAUUUACGGCGGCGUUUGCGCAUGGCAUUAGAUGUUGCAAAAGGCAUCAACUAUCUCCACUGCCUGAACCCUCCUAUAGUACAUUGGGAUCUGAAGACACCAAACAUGCUGGUGGAUAAGAACUGGUCCGUAAAGGUAGGUGACUUUGGCUUGUCCAGAUUUAAGGCGACCACCUUCAUAUCAUCCAAAUCAGUCGCUGGAACACCAGAAUGGAUGGCGCCAGAGUUUCUCCGUGGCGAGCCAUCCAACGAGAAAUGUGACGUGUACAGCUUUGGCGUGAUCUUAUGGGAGCUCCUGACGAUGCAGCAACCAUGGGGCGGCCUAGGCCCAGCACAAGUAGUAGGGGCAGUUGCAUUCCAGAACAGAAGGCUGCCAAUCCCUAAAGACACCAUCCCAGAGCUAGCUGCUCUUGUUGAAUCCUGUUGGUCUGAUGACCCAAGGCAGCGCCCUUCGUUUUCAAGCAUUGUGGAUACGCUGAAGAAGUUGCUCAAGUCGAUGCAGGGAUCUGGUUCAUGACAGUCCCGUGGGUGUUACUCUAAGACGAUGCAGUGAUCCGGUUCAUGACAGUCGAUUCUUGGCCGGCCAUUCUUUUUUCUCUACUCUGUCGAUUAAAGCUAAUGCACAACAAGGAAUAAGGAAUUAGUUUCCUCAAGGAACAUGGGAGGGUAGCUGAGGCAGCACAAGUGCAAUGCUGCAUCGAGUAUGUUGACUCGUUUCCUGACCAUUCAUGUUGUCUCUGUAUAGUGAUUUGAGCUACAAAUUCAAAGCUCCCGAGGGUCAGUGAGCUGGUUAUGUAUAAUGUCCUGAAUGUGUCAAAAUAGUUCUACUGGCUGAGAAAUAGCGCCGUCACUUUAGAAAAAUGGGAGAUAGAUUUGAUAACAAG